AUGCGGUGGGCCUUGACAAGGCACCGCAUUAAGCCCCCCGAGCUACUACGGGCACUUCACAGAUAUCGGCAAGUAAUUUCUGCUCAAAGUGCGUUGUGGCUCUCCAGGACGCAGGCACGGGCCUAUUACCGGCUGCAGUGCCAUGGAGGCAUCUCUGUCAAGGCAGAUCUUUUUGGCGAGCGCAACAUCUUUUACCUUAUGGAGUACACUUCGCGUGAACGGAAAACACUUCUCAUGAUGCAGCCGCUUCCAGUGAAAAAUGUGAACAGAUGGAUGCUGCUGACAACCUCCGCCUCUGGAUCCCUGAGCUGGACUGCAGCCACACUGGACCAGUACGCCCACGCCUCUCUUUUUGCUUCUGGAGAAAAUAUAUUUGAGACGGUGUUGCUUGUGGACGCAAAGGUUGCGGUUCCAUCCUCACCGUCACAGUCCGCCUUUGUUUUAAACGCCCAGGAGACAUCUAAUCCCUUUCUUAUUGAUGACUCACUUCAUCACACACAUUUUGCGACAGGUGCACCAUUUUCCCACGUCGUGGGAAGUUCACUUUCGACGCUUUGGUCACAAUUCAGGUACACCUCCUUAAAGUGGCUCCCCGAAAGUGGCAUGAACGAUAUCAAAGGCGGCAUUUCCGUCUUAUCGGGACAAACACCGCACCGAGUCUUUCAUUUUGAGCCUGUGGAUUUAGUCCAUUUACGCCAAACAUCUCAUGAGUAUCAACAGGCAACUCUGCAUUCAACCCCACGUUGGGCACUUUUACGUUCCUUAAAAGAAACACUUAUAUUCUCUGAAGGACGUUGGCUUACGUGGCGCGAGAUGAAUUUGGACGAGGAUCUAAAAACAAGACGCGACAGAGUAACUACAGACAUGUUGAGGGCACCGCAUCUACCAUUUUCGUUUAACACUCUAUCCGCAGGGCUUCCGUACCAGCUUUGGUGUCCUUGUGAUCACACUUUUAUUUACACGGGCCUUCCAAGACGCCGAUAUAUUGUUUAUACAAUGUUUUUCUACAACUCUUCACAACUUGGAGCUUAA